CUUGGCUGAUAAAAACAAACAACUACAAGUCUAAUAGAGUAGUUGUUAAAAGCAAGUAGUAUAUUUCAAAAACUUCCCAGAAACCCACCAUUACUCUGCAUCUUCUCUGCAUAGUGCAUAGAUCCCAAGUCCCAACUUCCUUCUCUGCCCAUUGUCUCCAUUUUUUAAAUUAAUCCUAUCAAAACCUACCAAUUCUACCCUUUUUUCUUGUUAAUUAUUUCUCAAUUUUUUCCAUCUUGAUUUCUGGAAAAUUCCCUCUUUCUCACAUCAUAAAUCCCUUCUGAUUUCUCUUUCUUCCGCCAUGGACGGUAAUGAGACCUUCAUUUCUCUCUCUUCAUUAAAUCUUCUCUAAAUUCUAUGUACUAUUAAAUUCUUCCCACUUUUUUCCCACCUCUUCUGUCUAAGCAAAUCAAAUCAAAUCAAUUCAACUUUCUUAAUAAACUUAGCAAUGCAAUAUCUCUUAGAAGAUGAUUCUGAUUUUUUUUCAAUUGCAUUUAGAAAUUAGGGUUUUUCGUUGUGAGAUUUCAAUGGGGUGUGGAACUUCCAAACCCCAAGAUCUUCCAUUAGUGAAUUUCUGUAAGGAAAGAAGAGAUUUGAUUAAAUCUGCUUCUGAUCAUCGGUUUGCUUUAGCUGCUGCUCAUAUUGCUUAUUUUCGACAGUUGAAAGAUGUGGGUGAUUCUCUUUGUAGAUUUGUUGAAGAAGAGCUUAUACUUUCAGCUACAACUUCUUCUUCUUCACCUUCUUCGCCUUCUUUACUUUCUUCCCCUGUUCUUACUCUUCCAUCUGAUGAACCCAAGUAUCAGUCCCAGAAAAAGUUUGAUAAUAUGAUGAAGCACAAGAAGAAAAACAGUAAAAAGAAAAAGAAGAACAAAAAUGGGUCUUCUAGUACUUCAAUUUCUCAUAAUUUGAGAGAAAUGGAUGCUGAAACUGUGUCAUCAUUGUCUUUUUCUGAUGAUGAUGAAAUGGGUUCCCAUCAUCAUCAUCAUUCUUCGCAUUCUGGGCAUCUUGAUAUUGAUGAUGAUGAAGACGAAGAUGAAAAGAAGGAGGAUAAUGUCAAGAAUUCAUCACCAAAACCUGGGAUUUCUUACAUUCCUGAUUCUGAAGUUUCUACAUAUAGUAAUUACCCUUUCCCUUAUGAAUCUUAUGGUCAUAAUCCUUACAAUGAUAAUAAUAAUGGUGUUAUUCCUCCACAUUAUUAUGCAAAUCCUGCUUUAAAUUCUUAUUAUCCUGAAAAUGGUUAUGAUAAUUAUUAUAAUUAUAACAAUAAUAAAAAUGGGAGUAAUGCAUAUGGUUCAACAACUUCUUAUACAACUUACUAUAUGAAAAAAUCUGCCACCAGAAUUCCAUCCGUUAUUUACGAGGAACCUAAACAGAAUUCUGUUUAUUCUUUCUCUGAUUAUGGUCAAUCAAGUUAUACUAGUUACCCAAAUUUUGCGUUUAGUGUGAAUUCGGAUCAUAGGGGGAGUAAUGGAGGGCAACAACAGCCGCAUCGGCGGCCGCCAACACCCCCUUCGCCUAAAGUUUCAGCAUGGGAUUAUUUCAAUCCAUUUGAGACUUCAACGGGUGGUGGGGGAUAUAGUGGUUACUAUGGUAUGAAUACAUAUGGGUAUGGGUCGAAUACAAGUAGUCCGGAUUCAAGGGAGGUGAGAGAAAGGGAAGGGAUUCCUGAGUUGGAAGAAGAGACUGAGAGUGAAGUUAUUAAGGAACCUUAUUAUCCUGAUAGGAAGAAAGUGAAAGAAGAGUUUAGUUUACCCAAGAGUAAGAAUAGAACUGUUCAAUUUGAAGAUGGAAUGGGGAAGAAUAAGAAGGGUAAUGUGAGUAUUGAUAGGGAUAGUUCGAAAGAUGGGAGGUCGAGAGUUCCGCAAAGGGAGGAGCUUCAGCCGGACCCUGUUGUGGAGGUGGAGAAAGAGGUUGAGAGUGUUGAGGUGGUGACCGAAAGGAGUUGUAUUAGUAGUAGUCCUGAGACUGAUGGUAGCAUUUCCACUAGUUUAGAGGAUGUUUCUGUUAAGAAGAAAGGGGUGAGCUUUGAUAUGGAUGGUAGUGGAAAUGGAGGUGGGGGUGGUGUGUCAUCUCGUGAUAUUGAAUCAUCUAAGCCUAGUAGCACUACGACAUUAUCAGCACAUGGCACCCGCGAUCUUAGAGAGGUUGUAAGAGAAAUCAAAGAUGAAUUUGAAGCUGCUACUGAUUAUGGUAAAGAGGUUUCGGUGUUGCUUGAGGUGGGGAAAGAGCCGUACAAGUCUCGUUCAACCUUUCUAAAAGUGAUUCUGGCUAGGUUCUGUUCUGCAUCACUUUCAUCUUCAUAUUCACCAUCAUCUCCAUCUGAAAGAUAUGAAAAUGGGGAAGAAAUUGACUCUCGGAGUCUUGCAUCUACUCUAGAAAGGCUAUAUGUGUGGGAGAAGAAAUUAUAUAAGGAAGUUAAGGAUGAGGAGAGGCUCAGGGUUAUGUAUGAGAAGCAGUGCAGGAAACUGAAAACGCUGGACGACAUAGGUGCCGAGACUAGCAAGAUUGAAGCUACUCAGGCUUCAAUAAGGAAAUUGCUCACCAAAAUUAAUGUCAGUGUGAGGGCUGUAGAUUCUAUAUCUAGAAGGAUACACAAAUUGAGGGAUGAAGAAUUGCAGCCUCGAAUGAAGGAAUUGAUUUAUGGUUUGAGAAAGAUGUGGAAGCUAAUGCUUAAAUGUCACCAAAAGCAAUUCCAAGCUAUACUGGAAAGUAAAACACGUGCCCUGAAAGCGAACAUCGGAUUGCGAAGAGAUUCAAGCUUGAGAGCCACUAUUCAGCUUGAAGCAGAGCUGUUAAAAUGGUGUCACCGUUUCAGUAAUUGGGUUGAGAUGCAAAGGUUCUAUGCUGAUAAACUGAACAGAUGGCUUGAAAAGUGUAUACAAUAUGAACCCGAAGUGACACCAGAUGGUAUUGUACCGUUUUCUCCUGCUCGAAUCGGAGCUCCACCAAUAUUCGUAAUUUGCCAUGACUGGAAACAAGCAAUGGAAACAGUAUCAGGGUCCGAGGUGCAAACAGCAAUGAACGAUUUUGCGACAAGCUUGCAUCACUUGUGGGAGCGGCAAGACGAAGAGCAACGUAGAAGAGUAAAAGCCGAGAACAUGUACAAGGACUUUGAGAAACAAAUCCGGGGCAUUAGAAUGGACAAGCAAAGGAGGGGACACGACCAUGAUGAUGCCUUAUCAGACAAAAAUAGCCUCUCGCUAGUUGCUUCAGAAAGUGGGAUUUCACCCCUCGAUGAUCUAAAGGUCGAUUUGGACUCGAUGAGGCAGAGGGUAAGAGAUGAGAGAGCUGGCCACAAGGAAGCGAUCAAAUUAGUCCAUGAUGCUGUAUCUCGCACGAUACAAGCGGGUUUGAUUCCCAUAUUCGAGUCGUUGGAGAGUUUUACCUCAGAAGCUUCAAAAGCUUUUCACAAUGUAAGAUUAGAACAUAAGUAGAAAUUCAUGAGGAUUCUUGUACUAAUUAGGCAAUGUAGAAGGGUUUAGGUUAGGAAUAGCAAGACGAGCUUAGAUCACGUUAGAAUAGCAACCGGGUUUAUGGUACGUGUUCUUAAAACAUUGUAGUUUACCGUAAGCAUGAUUUUCGCUAGAUGCUACGUACAGACGUAUACGUAACGUCUUUUGUACAGAAUUUGGUUCAUUGAUUUCAUUGCUUUAGAUUAAAGUAGUGAUGUCAAAUUUUGAAAAUGGUCAAAAUGUGUAAUAAUCAGAAAAAGGAUUUAGUCUUUCCUUCAAAUGCACUUGUUUGGUAAUGUUUGUUCUUGACAAACACAUGAAAUGAUAUUUAUGGUUCAUUUGGUUGUGGU